AUGGAGUCCGGUGAGUCCAGAACCUCCCUUAGCCUCCUCAUCUUGAUGCACAACAUCCUCUGCUCGCGGCUGUAGGUAGACUCAGGGCCAAUAUUCUCCCAGCAUCAUUUUAAGUCUGUCUUGCUUACAUGAGAGAGAUUGUUUUGCGGUUUCGAGUGCCCCUCUCUCGAAUACGAUAUGAAUUUCAAUAGCUGGCCAAGCGGAUAAGUUCGGGAGCCAUCGGUCAAGGACUUAUCUAUAUUCUCAAAACAUUUUCACUGACUGGAUAUCUAUACAGUGCCGCCUAAAUUUGGGAGUAUCGAUGAGGAGCUGGAAUUCUAUCACAAUAGAUUUCGACAAGAGGAAAGGUGAGCGUUGACUUCGCAGAUCAGCGUGUUAUUUUCUGAUUGAAAUGAAAGACGAACGCCCAGCACAAAAGAAAUCAUGUAAGUCUUUCCAUAAUCCUAUUAAACCAUUGUAGAAUACUGACCAUUAUUACAGAAGCGAGAUGUGAGUUUCUUGUACAAUUUGCGGGCUAGGUACAGAGGCUCACUGGAAUACCAAAGACGAGCUUUAAUCCAAGCGACGUCCGAAUACAAAGAGUUAGUAUUGGCAAUUCAUCUUUCAUCCCAUCACUGACUCAUCUCUAGUCAAGUUACUUGGCUUGACGAUGAUAAGUUCUGGGAUAUGUAAGUGGAAAAAUGUUGCUUUACGGUGGGCAAAAACUAAUCUAUGGACUUUCGUAGGAUGAGAAAAGAAAUGCGAAAGUAUGUUGCACCCACCAUUCGUAUAUUGCGCACUCUUCUAAAAAGGGUUCUGCAGGUUGCGUGCUCAGUAAGGAAACCUCUUCUGACCUUGCAUGAGAUGAAGAUGCCAACGUGAAUACCCUUUAGUGAGCGAUUGAUCGACGAGACCGAUGACGAAUAUAAUUGGCGGAGGACAAAAAACUUCUUCAAGGACCAUGUGUAUGCUUACUCAAUCAUUUCCCUCAUCCAUCGUUCCAUACUUACCAUAUGUCAGAAUGCAUAUCUACCAUGCUGUGGCGAGAGGUCAUUUCCCUGGCUUCUGUGUCGGAUCUUUCAUCGCUUGGUUGACCGUUGGCGAUGGUUGCUGA